UUCUGCCGGCAGCAUGGCUUCACAGAAGCGCCAAGGCUCAGGGGAUGACACAAACACCCCAAACAAGAAACGUCAGAAACAAAAUGAUUCUGAUAGGUCAUCUGGAAUAUUCUCUGGUCUAAGUGUCUUCAUGCUCCAAGCAGGUCUUGGGAAAGCGAGGACAGACAUCUUCAAGAAGCAAUUGGUGAAACAUGGAGCUGUGGUGAAGCCAGCCGUAGAUGACCAGACAACCCAUGUCAUUGUCGAUGAGGAGAUGACAUUCCCAAGGUUUUGCCGGAUCAUGAAGUACGAGGAGUCUCAAGUAACCGAUCGACUGAAGAUCAUCAAAGCCCGAUGGUUGAGCUCUUGCCUGUCAGAAGCGUCAUUGGUGGAUCUUGAAGAGUUCAUCCUUGCUCCUGUGAGGUCGGAAAAGUUCAAGUUAUUCACGCCGCCGAAAGAAGAGACGAAAAGUAAGAGUGAGGACAUGGAGAGCCGUGACGGCAAGCCAGAGCCUCUCCAAGUCCAAGGUUCAAACAUGCCGGGAACAUCAAAGCAGAUCCCUGGUACGGGAGCAUCCACAGUGACUACAAGUCCCUCCAAGAGGGUUGCAGCGAGGGGCUCUGACAGUGAUGAUAGCAACUAUGUACCCAGUGAUGAUGACGAUGAUGGAGGAGGGAGCGGUGAUAAGGAGGAGUCAAGAGGGAAAAUAUUUUCUUCAGAUGCAGACUCGUCUUCUAAUGUUUCUACUCCAAACACCUCACCAUCCAAACUGCCAAGAGGAAACUGGGUUUGUUCUCGGCCAUCAACAGCUUACAAGGAAACUCACAACCAGCACAUCACAGAGAAACUAGAGGUUUUAAUGAAAGCCUACGAGAACACCCAGGACAGAUGGAGAGCUCUUGGGUACAAGAAAGCUAUAUCUGCACUCAAGAACUAUGGCAAGGACGUCACAACGUGGGAAGAAGCCAGUGCCAUCCCUGGGAUCGGAACCAAGAUGGCCGACAAGAUCUUGGAGAUCAUAGAGAGCGGGCACCUGAGGAAGAUAGACCAUGUCUGUAAGGGAGAGGACAUGGAGGCCAUAGAUCUCUUCAAUAAUGUAUGGGGAGCCGGACCUACGGUGGCCAGGGAGUGGGUGCAACAGGGUUUCAGGACCUUAGAAGAUUUGAGAGAGAAAGCCAAGUUGAGCAAACAGCAGCUGAUAGGUCUGAAACACUAUCAUGAGUUCCUUGAAAGAAUGCCCAGGCAAGAAGCAGGAGAUAUUGAAAGGACUGUUCGAGAAACUGCCGAAUCCAUGUUUCCUGGUAUGCUGGCGGUGGUGUGCGGAUCGUAUCGUCGAGGGAAAGUGACCUGCGGGGACGUGGACGUCCUCAUCACGCAUCCCGACGGAAAGUCUCACAAGGGGGCGCUCUCCAAGAUCCUAGAUGCCUUACGACAGACUGGUAAGUUAACUUGUUUUGUGUGUGUCCUGGGGGUUGUUUCAUAAAGCUGUUUGUAA